GGUGUGAGUCCCCAGGUUGUGCGCCGGGCGAGGAGACGCGGGGGUGGGGACCCCCAGAGUGCCCCCUGCGUCGGCUCACUCAAGCCUUUCUGGAGUCUCCGCGCCGGAUCCCGAGCGCAUCCGUCCCCGGCGGCGGGGGAGGCUCGUCGUCGGCUCCGAGGCACCGUUGCCAACACUGUAAGAAGCACGUGGGAAGACCAGUGGAAGGAACUUGGAAUGUUGACUGAGGUCUUCUUGUCUGUGCAGGCGCUUUCCUCUGUGUGUCCGUACCCGAGUGACCCAGCAUGCCCUUCAACGACGACAGGCAGGAUGUGGACGAGGACCAGCAGAGCGAUGCGGGUUCUUUGCGGUUCUCAGAAAGCAUGGCUUCGCUCAGCGACUAUGAGCACAGUUCCAGGCAGAGCUUCAUGAGCGAUUCCUCCAGCAAAUCCAGCUCUCCGGCCUCAACAAGCCCUCCCAGGGUCAUAACAUUUGAUGAAGUGAUGGCUACAGCCAAGAACUUAACAAACCUGUCUCUUGCUCAUGAAAUUGCUGUCAAUGAGAACUUCAGAUUGGAGGAAGAUGCCAUCCCAGAGAACAGCCUGGCUGGUCAAAUGAGGCGCAUUGUUCACCAAGCCUUCUGGGAUGUCCUGAAAGCAGAGCUCAGUGCUGAGCCUCCUGAGUAUGAGCAUGCCAUCAGACUGUUUGAAGAAAUCAGAGAGAGUCUUCUCUCUUUUCUUACUCCCGGGGGAAGGAGCCAGCUUUACAACCAGAUCUGUGAAGUUUUGGACAUAGACCUCCUCAGGCAGCAGGCUGAGCACAGUGCUGUGGACAUCCAAGGCCUGGCCAACUAUGUCAUCAGUACAAUGGGAAAGAUGUGUGCUCCUGUGCGGGACCAGGUCAUCAGAGACUUGAAGGCCACUGACGACAUUGUGGAGCUGCUGAGACAAAUAUUCCAUGUCUUGGACCUCAUGAAAAUGGACCAGGUCAAUUUUGCCAUUAGAAAUAUUAGACCACACAUUCAGCGUCAGCUGGUAGAAUAUGAGAGAAGCAAGUUCCAAGAAAUUUUAGAAGAAACUCCAGAUGCUCUCAAGCAAACUACAGAAUGGCUAAAAGAAUCUAUAGAUGAAGAAUUACUAAAUUCGGAGACUGCUGUAAGUCCUGGGGCUGAAGCCAGCUCACCAAGCCUGAGCCCUAUGCUGAUCCUACAUAACAGUUUCUUGAAACUACUACAGUGGGAUUAUCAGAAAAAAGGCUUACCAGAGACACUCAUAACAGAUGAAAUACGACUUCAAGAGCUGACAGAAAAGCUGAAUCAAUUGAAAAUUAUUGCCUGCUUGUCCCUAAUUACCAACAACAUGGUGGGUGCUAUUACAGAAGGCCUGCCUGAGCUUGCAAACAGGUUAAAAAGGAUUUCAGCUGUUCUACUUGAAGGCAUGAAUAAAGUGACCUUUAACUUGAAGGAAGCCCUGAAUUCCAUUGGUGUUCAGACUUGUGUUGAGAUUAAUGAGGCCCUGAAAGAGAGAGGCUCGCCACCUUUAAAUACUGAGGUUCAAGCUAAUCUUGUUGGUCAGUUUUCAAGCAUUGAAGAGAAGGACAAUCCUGUCCGGUCCUUGAUUGAUAAACGAAUCCAGUUGUACAUGAAAAGCCUGCUUUGUCUGCCAAGCCCUCAGAAAAGCAUGCCUCCCAUGCCAGGAGGACUUGAUGUCAUUCAGCAGGAGCUGGAGGUGCUAGGCUGUCAAUAUGCAAACAUCGUGAUUCUCAACAAGCAAAUCUAUGGAUCAUUCUAUGCAAGCAUAUUCCGAAAGCUGCUCUUUGGGGAUGAAGGCCUGGGAAAGGUGGAUGCUUCACUUCCAGCUAAAUAAAGAGAAACUGACUUUGGAGAAGAGAUGGAAAUUCCAGCACUUUGGUAUCCAGGCCAUUUCUGUUGGCAUUAUAGAUGCGGCACAUUCUGAGUAUCGUCUGGGGAGCAGUGUUUGUCUGAAUCUGUGUAAUCGGGUAAUGUUAGUGUCAGAGAAGAUCCACAUAUCCUAUAGACCCUUUUGUGUGUAUCGUUUUCAGGUUUAAAGCACACAGUUCCUAAUUAUAUUACCUAUAUAAUACUUAUGUUAUGUCAACCUUUAUAUUAAGCAUUUAUAUUUAGAUUCUUCAGCCUGAAAGGAGUUAUUUUCAUUUGUCACUAUUUAUAGCUAAUGGUUUUUAACUUUGAUAUAACUUCUUAAAGGCUUGAAAGUUGUAAGGAUAACCAAGGGAAUUCUUAUUUGAAUAAAUGACAUGAAAUAAACAUUAUCAUAUUUGAACUGUAUAGUUAUUUUUUAGUAAGUAUAAUAGAAACUUACAUGUAAGUCCUCAAAUCCUGCAGAAUACCAAAUUGUAUUUUAUAAUAACAAUUGUCAGUAUUUAUUUAGAAGUUAAAAUUUGUUAAGUACAUCUUAAUGAUAUGUGCACAUUUUAGAUAAAAUCUCCCAUCUUUGUUAGUGAAAAUAGAAACCCCUGUCCUUCUAAAUUUGAUUUGAAUUGUUGGGUUUUUUCUUAGACAUUAACUUGCUCUCUGAGAGAAACAAUUUUUGCACAAAACAAUAAUUAAUGUCCUUGCAUUUCUCAGGCCAUUGUAGAUUUAUAUAAGAUCUUGCUAUUUUUAUAAAGGCAAGACUGGCUUUAUAAAAGAAUGGAAGUAAGAAGGGAAGUUUCAGGUAAAAUGAGAUGCCAUUCUCCACAAAGUUCACAUGAAAAAGAGUUGAACUUUGGAGUUUCUUGACAUACAACUUAAGUAGAAAACGCCCCUUGUGCUGAGUAAAUCUUGACCCUGUUAUGACCACCUCUGAUAGCGUGGUCAUUAGCCCUUCCCGAGCAUUAAUUUCACUGGGCGUUAUUGGGUGCUAAUCAUCACUGGGCAUCUAGAAAAGUCCACUUAUUCUGGAAUCACAUGUUCCUUUUGAGGUGUUGAGGCAAGUACUGUGGUUUGGGGGCACCCACCCUAGAAAGUGUUUUGGUUGCAUAAAAUAGAUUUUUGGAUUGUUUUUUUUUUCUUCAAGGACCCACUGAGCAUUUGCUAUUGAGCGGAGAAGGUGUAUCAGAAGUUCAAAGUCUUCCUUUUUUCCUCCUCAGGCCUACCAGCACGGCCGAGUAGCAUCCUUCUUUUAUGAAGGUCUAGGAAAUAACUGUGUGAAUAAACUGUCUCCACUUUUUGUAUUUUAGAAGAGCUCAGUUUUUAGGAAAUUCUGAACGGCAGUUUCUUCCCCUAAUGCUGCCUACGUUAGCCAUCUUGUCCUUUUAAGCAGAUAUAAGAGGAUGUGACUGAAGAGUAAGAUGUUGGCCUCAUGAUCAGUUUGUCCUGUGUCCUGUGCUGCCCUGUUUUCCUGUGCUUAUAAACCACAGGGGUUUCUAAGACUUCUGUGUUCAUAGUCUCUGGAGCUGAGGUAGUUUUUAUGGGGAGGGUCUGGCAGUAGAAGGCUCAAGAGUACUUAAUGUCUCAUGGGGUUUAUUUUGUUGUUGCUUUUUGAAGUGAAUUGUAUGUUUAACGGGGCUGUGUUUUUAUUAUUGUAAUCCAGCUGGCAUUCGCUUAUAUACUUGAUGAUUCUGCAGUUGCCUGCAGGAAUGCAAUGUGCAAACAUUUAAAAAAUGCAUUUAAGGGCUUGGUAGAUGGCUCAGUGGGUAAGGCGCUUGCCAUGCAAGCCUGAGGACCCGAGUUUCAAUCUCCAGCACCCACCUAAAUGCCACAUGCCAUGGAGGCACGCGUGUAAUCCCGGCUCUUGGGAGGAAGACAUGGGCAUCCCCAGAGCAAGCUGGCUAGUUAGACUAAACGAAUCAGCCAGCCCUGGGUUCAGUGAGAGACCUUGUCUCAAUAAGUGAGGUGGAGAGUGAUCAAGGAAGAGACCUGGUGUCGACCUCUGACCUUUCACACACGUGCAUACGCGUGCGUGUGCACCCGCAUGGACAUGCGUAUACACGCACACAACCCACACAUACACAAAAAAAUGCACUUAAAAUGAAGGGCAUUUUUAAAGUGGCAAAGUAAAUCUUUAUCUCAAGUCUUGAUUUAGACAAGUACAUUUAUUAGGAUGUAAAAUCAUAGCUUUUAGCAUGUUUGUUUGGUUUUGACUUAAAUGUUUACUUCUACUUUUGAAGAUUUUCUUAACAUCAUUUUGUUUUGUACUAUAAGCUUCAUUAAACACAUUAAGCACUUA